AUGGAGUCCGUACCUCAAGAUUUUUCCGAUCUGGAAUUGGUAUAUUUGGCGAGAAAUGCCAUGAAAAAGGCGUAUUGUCCUUACAGCAAAUUUCCGGUCGGAGCGGUUGUUUUCACUGAAUGCGGGCAACUUAUUGAGGGUAGGUUCAUAUUCAAUUAAUCUGAAAGUUUUAAAAAGCUUGUUUCAGGUUGUAAUGUUGAAAAUGCCUCAUAUGGAGGAACAAUUUGCGCAGAACGAAGUGCAAUUUGUUCAGCAGUUUCACAAGGUUAUACAAAGUUCAAAGCGAUUGCAAUUGUCACUGAAUUGACUGAACCUGCUUCACCGUGUGGUCUUUGCCGUCAAUUUUUGGUCGAGUUCGGCAACUACAAGGUACGUCCAAGAAAACCCCGAAUUCUGAUAAAAAAGUGCAGUAUUUGCAAAAAUUCAGAUGAUUUCAUGUGGUCAAGCAUCAAAAUCAUAGAAAAAUUUCGCUUUUUGUAUAUAAAAAGCUAGAUAGAUCUUGCAAAAUAAUCUGAACUCUUUGAUUGUAUGACGUAAUCACAUUGUCAGCAAAAUAUUUACUUAUCAAUGCCCUCAGCUGUUUUUUCUUCUCUCCUAUAUAAAAAUGAAUAGUUCCAUUCUAGGUCGUUAUUGGCACCGCCUCCAACUCAAAACUUCUAAUCACAACCACAAUGGACUUAUUGCCAAAUGCAUUCACUCCGCAUUCUCUUGCUGUUUUUGAGCAAGAAAAAAGUGAAGAAAAAAUUGCUGAAGAGAAACCUGCUGAACUUGCUCAUUAA